UUUGGCUAAUACGCUCAUUUGUUAAGACAACGUGAACGUAAACGUAUGUAACAUUAUUCUGUAAAUGACCACCUUUAUAGGCCUGAUAUGUCCUCAGGAUUGCAUAUUUGCGUCAUUUUAAAAAGCUUUCCGUUAACAAGUUAUCGCUCGGACUUCGACGUCUCGAAUUUACUUGACAAGCCGUGGCUGAGAAGGAACAUAUGGCGAUGUAACGUUGACGUUCAUGUUACUAGAAGAGGCUAGAAAGCAUCCGUCUUCUGACAAAAUGACUUUGGACCAUGGUGUGCCUUAUAUGGAAAUGAAGAGUAGACCUGAUGACUCUUCGAAGGAAAACGUACCCGUGGAGACACCAUCGCAAUCAAUGCAGCGAAAAGACGACAGCGGUGGCCUUAGUUUGCCUUUAGGCGAAGAGUAUGAGAGGAAGAAACAGAGGCUUAAACAAGAGCUUCGUAUGGACUACAGACGAUAUGUGUCACAGAAAAACGACUUGAACUCCGAAGAGGCAUGUGCUCAACCUCAGGAACUUUCUCUCCCUAUCAGAGAGAGGAGAUCUGCCAAGGCACGGCUAAGAGAUGAACGGAACAAAGAGUACAAUGCCUUUCUUAAAGAAAAAGGAACGCAGGCGGCUGUAACCAGAACAUUGCCAGAUUCCUGGAAGGUACAAUUUCAAGAAGGCCUUUCACCUACCUUAUCAAAACCUACACAGGACUCCCCACCCCCUGGCCCGAGGGGUCAUCUGGACGAGAGGCAGUCGUCCAGAAGAGACGCCGCUACACUAACAGACUCUCGAGUCCAACAGGCCGGCACACCCCGCAGGCGGUGGGGGGGCACCUCUGUGCGUCUUGAAAGGAAGCCUCGGAGGCUCCAAGGCCAUUACUACAACUCUGAGGAAGACCUGAGCUAUGGGGAGGAGGAUGAGGAGGAUGAGGAGGAGUACGAGGAGGAAGAACUAGAGUACGUGUCCAGGAGGAAGCCCAGGCAUAGAGAGCCAAUUGGAUACUUGGGGAAGAGGGAGAGGAGAGUCCAUCGUCACAGACCCGACAGAAUUGUCCAGGAGAGGCGAGAGCCUCAAGCCCCCAUCCUCCAGGCAGAGGAAUACAUCGAGGAGAACCGGCGGACGCUGUCAGCCAUCCUCAACCCUAAUCUGCAGGCAGAACCAGUGCCAGUGAAGACCAGCGAGCGGUCCAGAUCGGUGGCCAACAAGAACAUGGCCGACUUCUCCACGGGGCUCAUCAUAGGGGUAGCGGAAGGUGACGUGGCCCAGCAGAGGAGGAAGGAGCGCUACAGGCAGGAGCUGCUGGAGCAGAUGGCCGAACAGCAGAAGAACAAGAAGAAGGAGAAGGAACUUGAACUCAGAGUUGCUGCAUCUGGAGCUGUAGAUCCAGAAAAACAGCCUGACCGGAUCAAGCAGUUCGGGGCCGUGAACCGGGACUACGAGGGGAGGCGGCGGAGGGACGUACCCUAUCGCCCGGGGCCCUCGCUGGACUCCUUUGGGGGCAACUCAGCCAGGAAGCCCCCCGAGGAGAGAGCUGGUGGUGCGGAGGAGAGGACCCCUCCAGAGAGGCCCCACGUGGCCUUUCAGUCGCCCCCACUCGUGGACUACAGCGCCAGCCUGGCCCAACUGGCCGCAGCCGGUGGUGGGGGCAGGGUGGAGGCCGGUGGGGCACCCAUCAACGAGGACUUCCACAGGAACCUAUCAGGCACGCUUGGAGAGAUGAUUGCGCCAAGGAUCACAGGUAUGCCUCCACCUGUUCCGCCCACGCUGCCAGAUGCUUACCGCACUCCCUACGACGACGCCUACUAUUACUACGGAGCCAGGAACCCGCUAGACCCCAACCUGGCUUACUACGGCCCUGGAGCUGUUGGGGUGGCCUCUUACCCCCAUCUGCCCCUGGGGGUCCCCCAAACUCUGAGGCCCGGCCAGUCUACUUCUCUCAUACAAGUGCCUAGUCAGCUUGGCAUGGCCCCCUCUGGAAUGGGAGUCUUUGCUGUUGACAGAUCCAAACAGUCCAAGGAGAAUGCAAUGAGCUACCAGGAGGCUCUUAAACAGCAGAUCCGGGAGCGGCAGGAGCGCAAGAUGCGCGAGCUGGAGGAGCGGGAACGCUGCGACGCCAAACUGGAGGCGGAGAUGAAGAACUACGAGCCCUGGGGGCGGGGAGGAGCAGGAGCCCCCAUCAAGGACGACCACGGCAACCUCAUCAGUGACCUGAAACGAAUGCACCAGUGCAACGAGGAGGCCUAUUUGAACCCAGAAUCCCGCCGGGGGACGGGCAACACAGGCAGGAAUGCUCCGACGCCACCGGAGGACAGGCCCCCUUCUGUCCACUUGAUAGCAGGCUAUCCUCAGGGUCAGGCCGGAGCGCACGCCCGGGGCAACGUGUUCAGGGACGUGCCCACGCCACAGCAGCUCCACGAGCAGGACCGCUACAAGGAGUACCUGAAGCAGCAGAUUGCGGAGAAGCGGCGCAAGGAGGCGGAGGAGCGGGAGCGGCAGCGCGCGGAGGACGAGCGGGAGGAGAAGAAGCUGGCGGAGCAGCGGGCGCGCAUCCAGCAGGAGUACGAGGAGGAGCUGGAGAAGAGGAAGCGCAAGGAGAUGGAGCAAUUGGCCAAGAACGAGGAGCUGGUGCGGCAGGCGGAGGAGAGGAGGAAGGAGACGGAGAGGAGGAAGGAGGAGGAGGAGCGAGCCAACGAGGCCCUGAGGCAACAGGUUGAGCAACAGAGACAGGCCCGACUGGAGGAGGUGAACAGAGCGCCGUCUCCUCCCAUCCCAACCCUGCAGAAGAAGUUGGGGCGUCAGCGCGCCCCCAGACCCCCCUCCGCAGAGAGCCGCCAGUCAGCGGGAGCCUCCACUGUUCGUUCCAUCUCUGCCCCUCACUCUCCACCUGUGCCCGCACGCCGGAAUCAGCUCAGAGCCAAAGAGGAGAAGCAAUCUGUGAUCAGUGAGCUGUCUGCACUGAGCAAACAGCUGCGGAAUGAGCAGAGGAGGCUGGAGAGACAGAGACUGCAGACCGACAGAGAGGACAUGGACACCCCACUCAGAGAGAGGCGUAGAGAGCACCCCCCGGUGGACGUGUUUGAUAUGGCACGGCUUCGCAUGCAGGUGUCGGCCAAGAAGCCAUCCUCCAGGACCCAGGGGCCAGUCAACGUCCAGAACAUCCACGACUUUAACCAGCUCAAGUACAGAGACAGCGCGUCCCGUGAGGAGGUGCGUCAGGCGUACCCAGACCCCCCGUGUGACGAUUACAGUUUGGAGCUCCAGCAGCAGGCCCUGCUACGCCACCAGCAACGCAAGAUCAGCAACAUGAGGAAAGACAGAACGGAUUACUUCGAUCUCUCAUCUCCGUCCAGGCGGCUCCAUGGUCAGACGACGGAGUCUACUGAAGACGGGCCGAGACCAACACUGCUGCAAUCCGAAAGUGCCUUCAUUGAUUCCCAUGCGGGUGCGUUCCCCGAGCCCCGUGAGGAGCGGCGAGAGAGGCAGAGCUCAGCGCGGGAGAGGAGGCGGCUGCAGCGGAGGAUAGAGUUUGAUGAGGAUCUGGAUGCUCUGUCCGGGCAGCGCGAGGCAGACGGGCCGCCAGACGCUCAGUCUCUCCGCAGUCUGAACGUGGAGAGCGUGAGGGAGCGCAACCACCAGAGGAUGAGACGCCUGGAGGACAUGAGCAAGCAGAGCAAUAGAUCAGGUGAGCUGUUCCCUGACGAGGAUGACGAGUUCUGGCAGACGACCUCCCCUCCCCUGGAUCGACGCGUCUCUGUGGAUACAGUUGCCACGGAGCCCUGGCUGAGGCCCGGCACCACGGAAACCCUGAAGAAUUUCCUGGCAGGGCGACGACCACUCAGCAAGGAAACUGUGACCGAGGACUGGGAGGGUCCUUCCACGUACCAUGGAUGACCACAGAACAGCCACCCUAACCAACCGCUAACCCAGGUGCCUGAGACUGGCCUCUUCCAAGGCUGAUCUCAGAACAGAUACACAGGUGCCUGAGGCCUCGGUAGGCCAGUAGAGUUUGCACUGCAUUCAUGAGCCAUUGACCCUGUAGAGCAUAACUUAAGCGCCAAAGAACACUGUUGUUAUUUAAGGUCUUAGAAACCCAGUCUUUUAAUAUCAAUGUUUUAUAAUGUCUUAACCUUCUCUUUUAUAUGUGCCUGCUGCUGGUAAUUUAAUUUAUUGAUUAUUUUUUCUCAUGUGUGCCUAAAAACAGAAUAAUUUUGCCUUAAGAGUAGCUUAUGAAUGUUGGUAAGGGACUGGACUAAGAAUUGUAGUGUAAAGAGUUUGAUGCCUCUGAUUCAAUGGAGACAGAAAUGGCUUGUGUGUGCUCCUUUCUGUACAGAUCAUACACUUCAACCUGUUGUGCUUUUUUCUGUGUGCAUGUCUCUCCGCAUUGUUGGUGCCUCUUCCACUGCGCAACUGUAACCAGGAAUAUGUUAGACUGAUCUUCAGUUAAUUUACCAGUUUGUGCUUUUCAUGUUUUUAGAACAGAAUCUGCAUUAUUCAGAUAUUAUUAAGAUGUUUUAAAUGAAAUAAAUACC